AUGAAGACGAGUUUGAAGCGAUUCCUGAACCAUGUGGGCAUAUUGGAUUCAGAAAGUGUUGACAGCAGUACUGAGGCAUACGAGGACAUCAUUCGUCGUGGACAGAGGUGCGAACAUUUCUGCCUGGAACUUGCUCUUGGAAAACCAACCGAUGAGAGUAUGGAGCAGAGUAGCACCAGAGUCGAAGCUGAGGCAAAUCAAGCAAACGGACAUGAGAUCUUUGGACCCUUAUUCUUCUCUUCAAUUCCCGGCACAAUCCUUGUGGGGGACGACUUUAAAAGCAGCAUAAACUAUCUUCGGCAAAUUGAUAUUUUGGAGGCAUCUAAAAAGUCAAAUGCUACAGAUAUGGCAAAAGCGUUGCUCGACUUCCAUCAAACGUUCUUCUGGGUCGAUGGAGUAGAGGCACUCUCUUCAAAGAAGAGGAGGCGCGGCGGAGAAGGCCACAAAACCGCCUAUAGAAAACGAAGCAGAGCCUCAUCCAUCGCCAAAUCUAUACACCAUAUUACCCGGGGAGCAGAAGAUUCUUUCGCCAAAGCCGUGGGAGGAGAGAUUUUCCGAUCUAACAUUACGGCACUUGACCCAACCCCUGAGAGGCAGGGUUUAGAGACCAGGGUACUACGUGAAGGUCACACAGCCUCAACGGCACUUCGCCAACAAGGAGAGCAAGAAGUCGGCUUUAUUCAUGGUGCAGAAGAAGCCCAGUCUCGACCCGAGAUUCCACAUUUGGCUGCAUACUCCAGAAGCUCCAUGGAAUGUGUCCUGCCAGAAUCUGCACAAUCUCAAAUAACGCACCUCGAUGCUACUGCGCUGGAUGUCGUUACUCUUUCCCACAUCACAUAUCCAGAAUUCUUUGACGCUGCUACUCUCGAUUUUGUCGGCCCAUUUCUCGAGGCGGCUGAGCUCGACUUUGUUGAUCCGGAAUCACCUGUUUUCGUAAAUCCAUUUUCUUAA